AACGUGAUCUAUACCGCCCCUUUACCACCCUCAUUCUUUAAGAGCAGUUUUCAUUUCAUUCGAGGAAAAAGUACAACAGCAUUCGGCAAACAGUCGGGCUCUCUCAUGUCAUAUUGAGAUUCACCUCCCUCUGUUUGCAGAUUACGAUUAAGACUGUAAGUAGGUGUUGUUGCAAUUUUCUUCAGCAGAGGCGACUUUGCAUCAUAGAUGUCCGAUAUGUCUUGAUACCAUGGUAAACCCUCGAACUAUAAAGUGUGGACAUGUUUUCUGCGAAGAUUGCUUGAAGAGAGCGCUGGGUAUACUCAACAUCUGCCCCAUUUGUAAAGAGCCACAGGGCAUUGUUACGGGAAAUCAACCUCCUGGACAGAUGACUUGGUCCUCCAUGCCAUCUAGUCUACCAGGUCACUAUGGGUGUGGUACCAUCUGCAUUCAGUAUUCCUUUCCAUCUGGAAUUCAAGGUCCAGAACAUCCGAAUCCCGGUCAGCAUUACAGUGGCACACACCGUACUGCUUAUCUUCCUGAUAACAACGAGGGCAGAGAAGUCCUGCAGCUAUUACACAGAGCUUUUAAUGCACGCCUGGUGUUUACUGUUGGGACCUCGAUAACAACAGGACUUUCGAAUCAAAUAACGUGGAAUGAUAUACAUCAUAAGACCAACAUGCACGGAGGAGCCCAUGGCUUUGGUUACCCCGACCCGCAUUAUCUUCGACGAGUCAAAGAAGAUCUCGCUGCAAAGGGAAUCCGUUGAUUCUGGUUCCUACGGGCCACAGACAAGGAGACGAAAAACGUUUCGUCGCAGAUAUAGUUUUUUAGGCCUAUUGGUUCACUAAGAGGGUAACCACCACGUUAUUGAAAAUACUUUGCGUCUAGAAGAGGAUUAUUUCAUCACCGUUGUUUUUACGACUGUUAUUUAAUGGCCUGUAUACGCGGUAAAAUGAGUUAUAUUUUGUUAUAGGUAUUACUGUAAAAUAUUAAAACAGCAGCAUUUUUCAUGUUUCCAUGUGCAUAGCUAUUUUGAACUAGAGCUCAGGAGAGGAACUUAUGGGAAGGAAUGUCGCAACGCGGCUCAUAUUAUGACUUGCGCACUUAAGCCGGACUGCAUUUGACGACCACUAUAAAAUUUGAUAAAACAAAAGAAACUUGACUACUGCUUAACUACUUACUGCGGCGCCCCAGACAUCACAGACCUGACUAGGCUACUCAUUAAGUAUAGGACUGUACGUAGUAUAGUACUCUUCUCCGAACCUUGGCGAUAUUUCCACGAUAAGCGACAAUCUCAUUUCGUCCAAAAGCAAUGCCAUGCAAAAAAAAAAAAAAAA